AUGACAAUAUCGGACUAUAUUCUCAACCACCCUGAGCUGGGUAGCAUCAUCGGCUUUGCCAGAGACGAUGAUGUCGUACAGUUUCGCGGCAUCCCAUUCGCGUCGGUUCCUGGUCGUUUCCGCCAAAGCAUCUUGAGAGCCGGGCCAUUGCCUUUGCAGCCUUUUGAUGCUCGCCAACCAGGACCCGAAUGCCCUCAAUUGGUCCUGCCUUUCCCCCUGUACUGGACGGCGCCACCUCCUAGUGGGUAUCCUACCCUAGACAAACCCAUUCAAGAUGAGUUUAACUGCCUGAACCUAUCUAUCACUGCACCACGCAAGGCUCUUGGAUCGGGCCAGAACGUUCCAGUAUUGGUUUUCAUCCAUGGAGGCGCUUUCAUGGGCGGCAGUCAAUCAAUCCAGCUAUCUGGACGCGAAGUCUAUGAUGCUACCAGCCUAGUAAGGGCAAGUCUCGCUCGGGAACGGCCAGUCGUGGUUGUCACUAUCAACUACCGUGUGGGACUUCUUGGAUUCCUUACUUCGGAAAAGCUGGCUGAGAGGAGUCGUGCUCAUGGUGAGGCAGUUGGCAACUACGGACUUCAUGACCAGAGACAGGCGCUGGAAUGGGUCUCCCGUUUCAUCGCCGGGUUCGGAGGUGCAUCCAACCGAGUCACAAUUCAUGGAACUAGCGCGGGCGGUGCCUCAUGCCAUUACCAGGCCAACUUCCCUAAUCGCAAGUUCCAGAGCGCCAUUCUGUCCAGUGGAACAUCUGUCGGUAUCGCGUCGCGGCCUAUGAAAUGGCAUCAGGAGCGCUUCGACUAUGUGCUAUCUCAAAUACCAACCCUGCAAGCGGAUGACUCGCGUCUACUUGAUUCAUUGGUGGAUCUUCCUCUGGAUCAGCUUUUGCCAGCAUCACCGCCAUCACUCUACAGCCCACUCGUUGAUGGUGAAUGGGUUCCUGAGGCAGGUCUCAAACCGACCCUCGAAAGGUUGGGCAAGGCUGGCGAAACCCUACCGAACUUGAUGAUUGGCGCAACGGAGUAUGAGCGAGAUCUUACAUUGAUGCUAUUGUCUGAUCUGUCAAAACCUCUGCCGCCUCCGCCUCGACCAGAGGCAGAGAUACUCCCCAUUGCGCAGGAGGUACUUGCAGGUAGCGCCAUGACUCCUCAAUUGAGCUCUGUCGACAGUCCUUUCUGUGUCCCUGAAGUUGCCCAAGCGUAUAAUCUGAGGCGAGAAAAGUCUUGCGUAGACUCUUUUGAGGACCUCGCAGGCCUGAUGGCGGAUGUGGCAUUCCGUACUCCACCAAUGUAUUCGGCAGCGGUCAUCAAGAAGCAUCAGAUUGCGCACGGCCAUACCGCUGAUGCGGCACACGUGCUUCUCUACGAGAUCCAAGCUACAAACCCAUACAAGAAUUGGCCACUUGGCUAUAAGAGAGCUAAUCAUGGUAUCAAUGACAUUUUCCUCUUCAACCCAGCAGAGGACCAGGUCCCAGCCGAACACCUUGAGAGCUGGGUGUCUACCGUGGGCCAGAUCCGAGCCGCAUGGCUUGACUUUUGCUAUGGAAAGAUGCCCUGGACACCGUUUCAGUGGUCGGAGGAUAUUAAUUCAUUAGGGGGUAUUUACGUGUUCCCAGAUGGUGGGGAGGGCCGAUUAUGCAACAAGUUGGAUGAGGUUGAUGGAACAGCUACAGCUACACGAUGGCAGGUACUUUUGAAGACUGCUUUUGAGUACAUUUAG